AUGGCAGAACUCCACGAUGCCCUCAAGCUACUGUCUCCGACGCAAUGGUCCGAUGUGCCACAGGACGAGCAAGAACUAGCGGAAUACAUGCGAUCGUGUUUCCAAGCCGGCGAGCUUAUCUGCAACUCCGUCCCACCUCUCGCGACCGGCGAACCUUUCCAUACCGCACAGCACCACCAUAAACGACCCAAUGAAGCCAAAUCUGCGAAAGAGAUGCACAAUUCCACCGCGAGAUCCGCCGCCGUAGCAUCCGAACAUGAAAGUCUGCAGAAGCAUUGGGGUAAGCCAUACAAAUUUGGAGCGGACAAGAAUCCUGCGAAUGUGGCUUUGUAUAAGAUGGCUGGGAAUGAUAGACAUGGGGCCUGGUUUGCUCGGAGGAGUGUCCACGAGGGUCUGGGGUUCGAUAGAUUCCGCAAAGCCAUGACGAGGGAGAUACCACACACAUUGACUUUCCAGGAAGGAGUCGGUUCCGGUGCUGUGAGAGGCAUAGGUGCGGACAACAGGAUAGAGCAUAAAGAUGUCGAGGGUGGUGGAAGUCUCGACGUCUACCAACUCAGUGGACAAAUGCCAAAGCCUGUCACGGCAAGGGAGUUUGUUCAGAUCUUGAUGACUACGGAGAACGGUUUAAGUGAGAAGAGUGCUGCGGAUGUCGAAGGCGAGGGCAAGCACACACCACGGAGCUUCAUGAAUGUUUCUCGACCACUAUCGCAUCCCGAUGCGCCGGAUCGGAGUGGUUUCGUGAGAGGACAGUAUGAGUCUGUGGAGAUGAUACGAGAGAUUCCGCUGCAUAAGCGGAAAGGGGCAGCGUCUACACCGAAUCUGCUUGAUUCGCAAAGUAGUGAGGCAGGGCAUGGUCGUGAUCGAGGGAAGACCAUUGGAUUUGCCGAGUCAAGGGGUGGCGACGCCAAAGGUGAGCAGCUAGAUCGUGGCAAAACAAGGGAGGAGCACUCAGCUGAGGCUGAACUCAAUCCUGUUGAAUGGAUUAUGGUGACCAGAAGUGAUCCCGGAGGUGGUAUACCACGCUUUCUUGUCGAGCGAGGUACACCGGAACCAAUGCUCGGCGACGUCACGAAGUUUCUGGAUUGGGCGACUGCACUUGAUCAUAUACCAGGACCGCAAGAUGAUACGGGUGCGACCGUAGGUACAGGACAAGUUCCAGGCUCUCGAAUACCGAAAGAGGCGGACCCAAGCAGUGGCCAAGCUCCAGUAGCAGCAGCGUCCACGGAGCCAAGUGUGCAGCGUUCUGCUACUACGCCGGCUGCUGCAGACGCACAAGCACCCGGCGUGUUUUCAAACAUUGCAUCUUCGCUAGAGAACGGACUCGAAACAUAUGCUCCCACAGCGGUGACCCAAGGUGUACAAAACUAUCUACGUCCGACGCACGCGCCGAUUGGUACAGAGACCUCGGACUCUGACGAUUCAUCAGAUGUCUCAUCACUGAACAGCUUCAUGUCCGCAGACGAGCAUCGUCGCUUCCCCUCCACACACGAAGCUGGAGUCAAUGGCGGGUCCUCAAGCAUUCGCUCCGCCGCGUCAUCAGAAAUCACGCUUGACACCGAUAAGAAGAAUCUCAACUCUCACGAAAAGGAGGUCCAGAAGAUACUACGCGAGCGUGAGAAGCUAGACCAAAAGCUCGCUAAGAAGCGAGAAGAGCAAGAGUCCAAGCUCAAGAAAGCUCAGGAGAAAGACUCUUCCGAGGAAGUCAAACAGCGCGAGAAACGUGAAAAGGAGAUCCAGAAAGCAGAGGAGAAGCAUCGACGAGAAGUAGAGAAGUUGGAGCAGAAGAAGGUCAAAGAGCUGAAGAAGGCUGAGGACCGGCGGCAGAAGAAGGACGAGCAGAGUCGGUCGAAUCUGGUUGCGAGGGAGAGGGAUGACUUUAGGAGCCAGUUGGACUCUUAUAAGCGGGAGAACAAGUUGUUGGUUGAUCGAGUGGAGGAGUUGCAGAGGGAGAAUACUGUCCUAGCGGGAAGACUGGGAAGGCUUGAUCCAGGUGUCUUAAAGGAGGCUAUGGAGGAGGUGGGUGGCUCGGAGGGAGGCAAGAAGAGUUCGGAGAGUGUGGGAAGUGCGAAGCCUGCAGGAUAUGAUCAAGGCGUCUUCGGCAACGUGAUCAUCUCACAGAAUUUCCUCGAGACGUUUGGCUUCCCAUCCGCCAACAUGCAGGGUACCAUGACGAGUCUCUACAACAUUGGCUGUUUCUUUGGCGCGAUGAGCACAAUCUUCACGGGAGACUGGCUCGGCCGACCGCGACAAAUCAUCCUAGGGUCGACCAUCAUAGCGAUCGGAGCCAUCAUCCAGACAGCCAGCUGGACCGUUCCUCAAAUGAUCGUAGGGCGAAUCGUCGCUGGACUUGGCACUGGCAUGAACACUGCUACCGCUGGAGUUUGGCAAGCCGAGACGAGCAAGAUGCGUAGUCGUGGUAAACUGGUGAUUAUCCAGAUGGCAAACUGUAUCACUGGCUUCUCGAUCAGUAAUUGGCUCACCCUUGGAUUCUCCUUCGCGCCACGAGAUAUUGCCUGGCGCUUUCCGUUGGCAUUUCAGAUCUUCUUCACUCUCUGCAUAUACGCAUUAUGUCCGUUCCUGCCGGAUAGUCCUAGGCUGCUGAUACGAAAAGGCAAGCAUGAGGAAGCACUCGAAGUGCUCGCGGCGCUUGAAGGUCAUGGUGCAACGCCAGAGUCUGCUUCUGUGCGAGCACAGUUCGAUGUGAUCAAAGACAUUCUGGACAGAGAGCACGUCAAUACCUAUAGCUGGUGGCAGCUCGUCACUGGACGUGGUCCGUCUGGUUUGAUGAGGCGCAUGAUUCUUGGUGCUGCGAUGCAAUGCAUGAAUCAAGUCAGCGGCAUCAAUGUAACAUCCUACUACAUGAGCUACAUCUUCAUCAACGCUCUUGGCAUAUCUCCACUACUAUCCCGAAUUCUGGCUGCUUGUGGCUCGGUCGACUACCUGAUCUUCGCAUGUCUGGCUUACUUCGUCAUCGAGCGCUACGGACGACGUAAGGUCAUGAUGGUCAGCGCUGCUGCCUGCUCGAUCUGCUGGAUCUGUAUUGCGAUUGCUACUGGAGUCUCGCAGCAUGGAGGGAACUCAUACAUUAAUGGUUCCGUUGCUGUGGCUUUCUUCUUCGCCUUCUUCGCUUCUUUCGGCAUGGGCGUCCUUGGUGUUCCUUGGCUUUAUCCCACUGAAAUCAACGCACUCGAGAUGCGCACCAAAGGCGCUAGUCUUGCAAUGGCCACUAACUGGAUAUGUAAUUACGCAGUCGUUCAAGCCACGCUGCCUGGCGUACAGAACCUAGGCUACAAGUUCUGGAUUGUGUGGGCUGUCAUAUGCGCUGCUUUCAUCCCUGUCACAUAUCUCUUCUAUCCGGAGACGGCAAACAGGACCCUAGAAGAUAUCGAUCGGUUCUUUGAGACCAAACCUGGAGUCAUCAUUGCACGCAAUCCUCUUGCUACGCAAUUGUCACGGCCUGAAGUCUAUGCUGAGCAGGAUGCAGCUAUUGCUCGCGGAGCAGAGAAAACUGGCCGUUGGGAUGGAGACGAGGAGAAGGCGAGUGGUGGUAUCGCUGUGGAGAAGGUUGGCUAA